GUCGGGGGUCUGCGUGUUGUUGUGCCCAAGCUACCGCGCCUUUAUGCUUGCCCUACUUCUAGCCGGUUGUGCGCUGAUCGGGGAAGGGGAGGCUCUUGGUUGGAAUAGUUACAAGUUGAGAGUUCGAUCGGGUGCUGGCUGGAACCACGGCGGAAGAAGAAGCAGCAGCACUCUCCUUGGCUUCACAUCUCCCCGUGUGCCCGCAACAGCAGCAGCACCAGCAGCAGCGGCAGUGGCAACUCACGGAGCGACGAGCAACGACAACGAGGGAGAGGGGCAAGGAAGAUCGAUGCACACUAACGAGGGGGUGCCGCCGCCGCCGAUGAAUCCCGAGGAUGUGGCGAGGUUUCCCCUGCCCGGGACGGCGUCGCCGAUCCAGUUAGCCUUCUCGCCGGACGACAACAUCCUCUCCUACCUACACGCCGAGGGGGGACAGCUCACGCGACAGUUGUGGGGCGUGGACGUGAACACCAUGGCGAAGAAGCAGCUGGUGAUGCCCCCCAACGAUGGUGACACGGAGGAGAACCUCAGCCUAGAGGAGAAGCUUAGGAGGGAGAGGCAGAGGCUGCACGCCACGGGGGUGACGUCAUUCUUCUGGUCGUCGAGGGGGAGCGCCAACAUCCGCAUCAUGGUGCCGCUACAGGGCAACGUGUACGUUCAGGACGGCAUCGACUCGUCGACGCUGAGGAUAGUGUACGACAAGGCCGCGCCGGAUAACGGUGGGGUGGGGGCGGUCGACCCGCAGAUGUCUCCGGACGGGCGGCUGGUGGCUUUCGUCAAGGACGGCGAGAUAUUCGUCGCCUCUGUCGACCCCCCUGCCUUCUCGUCGACCUCUCCGGGAGCGUCUUCCUCCCCGGCGGCGACGCCGGAGGCGGGGACGGCGUUGCCGCCCCCCGUGCAGCUCACCUUCGGCGGGCGCAGCAGGGGCGUGACGCACGGGCUUGCGGACUUCGUGGCACAGGAGGAGAUGGACCGUUACCGUGGCUUCUGGUGGUCUCUCGACAGCUCCUCGAUAGCCUUCACGGAGGUGGACGAGCGACACAUCCCGUCGUUCCGAAUCAUGCACCAGGGGAAGGACACCGUGGGGGAGGGGGCCCAGGAGGACCACCACUAUCCCUUUGCGGGGAAAGACAACCCAAAGGUACGCCUUGCCGUGGUCGAGGUGGACGCGGAGGCCAUCCAGUCCGGCCAGGCUAACACCAGCGAGGAGAACUUCCGACCCACCUGGAUGGACAUCGGGGGCACCGCCAACGGCGGCGGCACCCCCCCUUCGGGGCAACCAACGGAGGGCCAGACGUCGUCGGAGCCGGCCUCAAGCAACGACAACGGAGGAAUGGGGGCGGCGAAAGCGGGGGCGGGCAUAGAGGGAGAGAUCUACCUCGCUAGGGUGAACUGGCUGCAGGACGGCUCGCUGUGCGCCCAGGUGCAGAACCGCGCUCAGACGGAGCUCCGGCUGCUGCGACUGGACCCGCGAAGCGGCGCCCCCACCACCCUCGUCGUGGAGAAGUCCAAGGUCUGGGUCAACCUGCACCAUCUGCUCCGGUCCCUCCCGGCGCCCGCCCUGCAGCAGCCUCGCCAAGAAGGCGGUAGCUCUGGCGUUGUUGGCGCUAGCGAUAUGGACGUCUCGUCGCCGUCGUCCUCCUCCUCGCCGGCGGCACCGGACGGGUCGUUUUCUUUCAUCUGGGCGUCCGAGCGCAGCGGGUUCAUGCACCUCUACCUCUACCAGUACGUGCCAGGGGCGGACAAGGCGGUCGAGAUACGCCAGAUAACCUCGGGGGAGUGGGUCGUGGAGUUCGUCGUGGGGGUGGACCAGGCGAACGACGUGGUGUACGUGAUGGGUACGUACGACAGCCCGUGCGAGCGGCACCUGUACGCGGUGCCCCUCAACAACCCGGAGGGGGGUCCCGGGGGGAGCGCGAAGCCGGUCAGGCUGACGGAGGCCCCGUGCAUGCACAACGUCAUCAUGGACCACCGCCUCCGGAGGUUUGUGGACGUCUACAGCUCGCCGGAGCAGCCCGCGAAGAUGGUUCUGUACGCCCUCUCCACCACGGGUAACCCUUACGAUCCCCCGACACCCGUGCAGGAGCUGCACUCGGCCCUGGACGACAGAGUCUUGGCUCUCAGACCCAAGCUCCCACCCCCUGAGGUGAUAUCCUUCGAGACAAGGGACAGGGAGGCCAACCUGUUCGCCGCGGUGUACCGUCCGGACGUUAACGUGCACGGUCCGGGGCCCUACCCCACCAUCGUGGCAGUCUACGGGGGGCCGCACGUGCAGUGGGUGAGCCGCAGCUGGGGGUGCACUGUGGACAUGCGAGCACAGAGAUUGCGCGACCUGGGGUUUUUGGUGCUGAAGUGCGACAACCGAGGGAGCUUCCGAAGGGGGUUGGCGUUCGAGGCAUGGGUGAAGUGGCGCAUGGGUGGCGUCGAGAUAACCGACCAGGAGGACUGCGUGCACUGGGCGGUCAAGAAGGGUCUGGCGGACCCUGCGAGAGUGGGCAUCUAUGGCUGGAGCUACGGAGGGUACGCCACGGCCAUGUGCCUGUGCAAAGCGCCCAACACCUUCAGGGUGGGGGUGAGCGGGGCCCCGGUGACUGCCUGGGACGGUUACGACACUCAUUACACGGAGCGCUACAUGGGCACUCCGAUGGAGAACCCCAAGGGUUACACAGAGUCUAGCGUGUUGACUCACGCGUCCAAGCUCGAAGGGAAGCUGAUGCUGGUGCAUGGCCUCAUGGACGAGAACGUGCACUUCCGACACACGGCCAGGCUCAUUAACGCGCUAAUCGCGGCCCGCAAGCCGUACGACCUCCUCAUAUUCCCGGACGAGCGCCACUCGCCGAGAAAGCUACAGGACCGCGUGUACAUGGAGCAGCGCAUCAGCGACUACUUCGUGCAGCACCUCGUCAAAGACCCCCCACCGCAGGCCAGCCACUUGUAGAAGUUCCUCCAGCGAAGAGCGGCAGAGGAAUUUUGCCGCUGCCGCUGGGCAUCAAGAAAGAAAGGGGUUGAGCUGAUCAGUUUGUGGACAAAAGGCUCUUUCACACAGCAGCUGCGAGCGACUGCUGUCGUCCCACAUUUGCCGGGAUCGCGCAGGACUUGCGGGAAACAAGAUUGGGUUAUGAGAGGAACCGGUGUCGCCUCUGGGUUUGCUAUUAGCAAGGGCAUUCGACGCUGGUUCUUGAGCAUAGGCGACGCUAGUUUUUCAGAAUAGGUGACGCUGAUUAUUGUUACCGAAUAGACGAUGCUCCUCCUUUUCUUGUUCUUGGAAGAGGGGGGCGUUUGGUAGCCCUUUCCUUCGCGUGAAAGGGCGCGUGUUGCGCUCCUGUUCUCCCCCCAAUGCCCAAUCGCCGUCCACGUCCGUCUUUGGCACACAACUUGUUGUGGUUGUUUUUUCCUGCUGUUGUUUUGUGCUUGUUUUUCUCGCUUGGAAUCAACCUUUUCCCGGCCCCUUGUACCACACAUGAACCGAUUUUGCGAGGGUGAUGGCUGUCUUGGUAGGGUAGAGCUUAUAGCUUCCCUACCGAGAUCCACGAAGCGCAAACGACCAUUGCCCGCAGCGGUGUGCCUGUGCGUUGGUGUUUUCAUUGUGCGAGCGAGAUGCGAGAUGGCCGAACAGGGCACUGUCGAAUGUUGCGCGGGUAUCUGCCGUAUUUGUGGACAACGACAAUGAAAGCUUCCACGGGCGUACCUUAUAAAAGCAGGGUGAUGGGUUAUGGUACUCCAUGGUGAGUACCGCAGCGGUGUGUAAGCACGUUCGUGGUGUGAUGUUAUAGAGGUUGGAUCCUGGUGGGCUUAAAGGAAGUCGUGGGUUACAACCUUGUUACAGGGGAGCGGGGAAGAUCGAUCGGGCGGGCGUUGGAGUGGAAGAAAAGAGGUGCUAUUAAUAUCUGCCUUUCGCGUUUCGAUAGCAACAACCGAACUUGUUGUUUCUUGGUCGCGAGCGACUGGCUGACUGCAAGCCUCGCGUUCGUUUUUCACGCGAAAAUAGGGGUAUGGGGCGUACGAUAUGUUUUCGAUACAGGAGGAGACAGAUUCGUUUGGGGGAAGUGUGUUUGUGUGCGUGUGUGCAAAAGGUUGUGGGAGGGCUUCGAACGAAUGCGUGCGGCAAUGUUGUGUGUUCGCGCCGCAUGUUUGCUUGGGGCUUGUGGUCAUGACAGACCGCAGGAGCUAACGAUGACGCGAGUUGGUUUGAUUCUUGCUCUGUGGCCACAACAGCAGCAACAGCGGCUGUAAAACUCAGCUAUGUAUACGACACAUACACAGUGUCAAUUACUUGCAUUGAACGGAUCCACCCAACUCGUUGAUUGUGACACGAAUCCUGCGGGGAGAGGGUGGCAAAACGUCAGUCGGGAUGAUGGCGCUUUGACGCCCGAUAGAUGGACUGUGAUGUUGACGGGGAAAACGCAUGGUGCACUACAAGCUUUUUUUCGCCUAGCAGUGUUGCCUCGACUACAUUGGCGCGUCGCAAGACCCCCCCCCUCCGCACUUCAUCAUCCAGGGGGAUGCCUUCGAAUGGCGUGGUGACGACCACGAACAAGGUCGAACAAGGUUGGUUUCCUCUAGACUUUUUUCUGCUUCUGGGUUAGGUUUCGCGGUACCGAUAGGCUGCGAAAGAUAGUGCCUAAACAAACAAAUCAUAACGGGUAACAUAUUAUUGUUUGCUGAUGGCUGUUGUUGGCUGAUGGGUUGGUAUGUUCAGCAGUAGUACCGUGUGUACGCAUCAUCUCCUGGAUAAUC